AUGGUUGUGAACAAUAAACAUCCUGUUCUGCCUUACCAAAUUGGGGCAUGGGACAGACAUGAUUCUGAAAAAAUUCUAAUAGACAAAGCUAUCAGCACAGCAGAAGACCAAUCUACAUCCGCAUCGUGGUGGCAGGCGGGUACAGCAACACCGUUCCGGGAUACCUUAAAUAAUGGAUUCGCAUCAACACAUGGGCUUGUACAGACACACCCGUCUGGCAAUGAUCCCUUUUCAACAUUCGGAACAGUUGACAGCACAGCUGGGCCCUCCUCUAAUCCCUUUGCGCAAACUAGUGGCAGUGGUCCACUUAGUGGUACCUUCAGGAGUAACCCUCUCCCACCCCUGACGAGAAACGGGAAUGGCAAGCUGGGCUUGAAACAUUUGGAUUUCACGAGCAGUGCCACAGCUGAACUUAGACGAAACUCGGCCCUAUCAGCUCCUGAUGAAUGUGCCAGAGCAUGCAGAGAAAACGAGCCACCGAGAAUUUGCUACUAUCAUUUUACACUCGAGUUUUACACGGUUCUUGGAGCAGCUUGUCAAGUCUGCACUCCAAAUGCAACAAACGUUGUGUGGUCGCAUUGUCAAUGUGUGUUGGCUGACGGAGUUGAGAGAGGUAUUCUAUCGACAAACAGAAUGUUGCCUGGACCCUCGAUCCAAGUGUGUGAAAACGAUAAAGUAGUCGUUGAUGUCGAAAAUCAUAUGGAAGGCAUGGAAGUGACAAUUCACUGGCACGGUAUCUGGCAACGUGGUUCUCAGUACUACGAUGGUGUUCCUUUCGUAACUCAAUGUCCUAUACAACAAGGAAACACUUUUAGAUACCAAUGGCAAGGAAAUGCAGGUACUCACUUCUGGCAUGCGCACACUGGUCUGCAAAAGUUGGACGGUCUUUAUGGAAGCAUCGUUGUCCGUCAACCGCCAUCAAAGGACCCUAACAGUCACUUGUACGAUUACGAUUUAACCACACACGUGAUGCUUCUCAGCGACUGGCUCCACGAAGACGCCGCUGAAAGGUAUCCAGGUCGUUUAGCCGUAAACACUGGUCAAGAUCCCGAAAACGUCUUGAUUAACGGUAAAGGACAGUUCAGAGACCCCAACACUGGCUUCAUGACCAAUACACCACUGGAAGUAUUCACAAUCACACCUGGAAGAAGAUACAGGUUUAGAAUGAUUAACGCGUUCGCUUCAGUCUGUCCGGCGCAGGUCACUUUCGAAGGCCAUAAUCUUACAGUAAUUGCAACCGACGGCGAGCCGGUGCAACCCGUCCAAGUUAAUACCAUUAUCUCGUUCUCUGGUGAACGAUACGACUUUGUCAUCGAAGCUAACAAUAUCCCUGGCGCGUACUGGAUACAAGUACGUGGACUUGGAGAAUGUGGUAUUAAAAGAGCACAACAACUGGGAAUCCUUAGGUACGCUAGGGGUCCAUACCAGCCAUCGACUCCUUCACCAACGUACGACAUAGGAAUACCACAGGGAGUGGUAAUGAAUCCCUUGGAUGCGAGGUGUAACGAACCCAGGAAUGAUGCCAUAUGUGUAAGCCAACUGAAAAACGCCAGACACAUUGACCCAGCUAUUUUACAAGAUAGACCCGACGUUAAGAUAUUCUUGCCAUUCCGUUUCUUCGUGUACCGACCGGAAAUGCUUUUCCAGCCGAAUACAUACAACAGAUACUUAGUGGCACCGCAGGGAGAUCAUGUGAUUAGUUUAAUAGAUGAAAUCUCUUAUAUGUCCCCACCUGCUCCUCUCAUCAGCCAGUACGACGACAUUAAUCCCGACCAAUUUUGUAACGGCGAUAAUAGACCCGCCGAUUGCGGACAAAACUGCAUGUGCACACACAAAAUCGAUAUCCCUCUUAACGCGGUAGUGGAGAUUGUUCUUGUAGAUGAAGUACAAAUCGUGAACUUAUCUCACCCGUUCCACUUGCACGGAUAUGCAUACAAUGUUGUCGGUAUCGGACGGUCGCCGGACCAGAACGUAAAGAAAAUUAACUUAAAACAUGCUCUCGAUCUUGACAGAAGAGGUUUGUUAGAACGUCAUUUGAAACAGGGAGAUUUGCCACCAGCAAAGGAUACCAUCGCCGUACCCAACAACGGAUACGUCAUCUUGAGAUUUAGAGCUACAAACCCUGGCUUCUGGCUGCUUCACUGUCACUUCUUAUUCCACAUAGUAAUAGGUAUGAACGUGGUACUUCAAGUUGGAACGCAAGCUGAUCUGCCGCCAGUGCCUCCCAAUUUCCCGACGUGCGGGGAUCACCUUCCACCGAUCACGGCCAACUAA